AUGGCUGACACCACAGAUCCAAUCAAGCUUCCCGUCAUUGACAUCUCUAAUCCCCAUGACCCCGCCGUGGGGAAGGCCAUGCUAGAUGCCGCUGCAAAGUAUGGCUUUUUAUACGUCAACAGCAAAGGAACUGAUUUCACCGUGGAGGAUGUGGACCGUGGGUUCGGAUUGUCCAAGAAGUUCUUUUCGUCUCCCGUAGAGGAGAAGGAGACAUGCCGGAUCGAGCAGAAUAACCGCGGCUGGUCCGGAAUGCACACAGAAACCCUUGAUCCCGAACAUCAACGGACCGGAGAUUUCAAAGAAGCCAUGAACUUCGGUGACUUCAAAGACGGCAAAGCCCAACAGCCUCUGCCAUCGUCAUUGGCACCCCACGAAGCAGAGAUCAACGGCUUCGCCGAACUCUGCAAUAAGACCUGCACGCGAAUCCUGACUCUGCUGGCCCUAGGCCUAGAGAUCAACGAAGACUUCUUCACAACCCGCCACGACCCAAGCGCCGGCCCAACAGGCAGCAUCCUGCGGUACCUAUACUACCCAUCAAUCUUCUCAGCAGCAACGGCAGCCUACAAGCAUGACAAGGAUGUUCGAGCCGGCGCGCACUCCGACUACGGUAGCAUAACUCUUCUUUUCCAGAGGCCAGGCCAACCAGGUCUCGAGAUCCUGACUCCGGAGGGCAGCUGGGCGCCUGUGCCGAUCGUACCCGGCACCGCUGCCGAAGCCGAGGGAUAUCCGUUCCCGCCCAUCUUGGUGAAUAUCGGUGAUCUGCUGAGCUAUUGGACGGAUGGACUGCUGAAGUCGACGGUGCACCGUGUUGUUUUCCCGCUUGCUGAGCAGCGGAGCCCGAAUCCGCAGGAUCGGUAUACGCUGGUUUAUUUCUGUCACCCCGUUGACCAGACGGAGUUGGUGCCUGUUCCCAGUGGGAUUGUUGCUGCGCAUCGGGAGAAGACUGGGGGUGUUGCUGAUGGGCGGGUUGGAUUUGGAGGUGGCGCAGGAAAUCUGGUGCCUGGAAAGAGGCCUUUGACGGCGCAUGAACAUCUCAUGUCAAGGUUGGAGGCUACCUAUGGUUUUACUAAGGAUAAGUGA